GCCAAGUUUCCAUUGAUAGAUACUUGGAUUUUUGACGAAGUAUCUCAUCUGUAUUGUUGUUGAAGGCAUCCUUGCUCUAUCUGUGUUAUGCAUCAUCUCCUAUCCUCGCUGUCGCCAUUUGCUUCACCAGAAUAGAAAUUCUGCUAACGCUCUUCUUGUUCAGCUGUACGAUCGAUUUUGGAUUUUCUUUGUUUUUCCCCCGCAGUUUCAGAUCUGAUCCCAAUUCAGCAUUUUUCAAUUAUUGUAACUCGUGCACAGAUUUCGUGGAUUUGGAUUCUAUCUUUCGACUUGUUAUGUUCUUCUUCGAAUUCGAAUUCUCUCCUCAUUCGUGUGUAUACAGAUCUUAAAAGUUGGCUCCCCAAAGACGUUCCCAGCGCCACUUGGGCGGCCAGAUGCAGCAGGCUAAUGCUGCGGCCACUGCCCUGUACGACCAUGCCGGCGGCGGGUCUCUGCACAAUGCAGCUCCUGCCGGUGAUGCCGGUGAUGCCGUAAUGGCGCGUUGGUUGCAGUCUGCUGGCUUGCAGCAUCUGGCGUCUCCAUUGGCCUCUGCUGGUAUUGAUAAUCGCCUCCUUCCCAACAUUCUCAUGCAGGGUUAUGGAGCACAGUCUGCUGAAGAAAAGCAGAGGCUCUUUAAGUUAAUGAGAAGCCUCAAUUUUAAUGGAGAAUCUGGUGCGGAGCCAUCUACACCGACUGCCCAAACUUUAGGCAGUGUGGCAGUACCAGAUGAGUCUUAUUCUCCUGAUUUCCGGGGGGAUUUUGGAGCAGGCUGUUGGAUCUUCAUGCUAUGGACGAUACAGAACUUUUAUCUGAGGUAUGAUUAUCAUCUGAUGCUGGGAAGUUUACUUAAAUCUGAUUAA